AUGCAGACAGAACGACUACAGCUCGUCCGUUUAACCGAGGACCAUGUGGCUGGCUACCACGCCAUUUGGUCCGAUCCGGUGGCCACCCGAUGGAGCGCCCAUGGCCCAUGCAAGACACUGGACGAUUCCCGACAGUGGAUGUCCAGCUUGUUACUCAAGGAAAACCCCAUUGGUGAGAACUAUGCGGUACUCCUCCGGCCAGAUAUGGACCAGCUCCAGGGGAGUCAAGAGGGCGCCGAGGAUAUUCACCCGUAUGAUAUUUUGGCUCAUGGAGGAUUUAUCGGGUGGGUUGGCACAUGGAGAACGGAUCCUCUCCCAGAGGUGGGUUUCAUUUUUCACCGAUCGACUUGGGGGCUGGGAUUUGCAACGGAAGCAUUGAGAGCAUUUGUGGAACUUUUUUGGUCAUGCAAACCUCAAUUCACUGUGUUGGAGGCAUAUUGCGACACGGAGAACGAGGCGUCUGUUAAGGUCUUGCGCAAAUGUGGGUUUGAACUUGUCGAAGUGACAAGAAAGGAUUACGUCCUUCCUUGGAUGACACCACCUGAGCGAGAUACAAUGCAAUUUCGCCUGAUCAGAACCGAUGGUUUGGAGAAGUGA